CGGUGACGCGUUCCUCCGGCAACACAAACCGGAACUAAAAGACGCUCAUGCUCAGACGCGAUGUAAUCCCGUUCAGUUUGCUGUCCGCGCUUCAGCACCUGGUUUCUUUAUCCUGAACCUUGUGCUUUGAGUCUAGGAUCAGGAGGUUCACUCUGCUCGUGAAAAAUAGUGUGGGGGGUUUUUUUGUGGCGAUCAUGGAGUUUUGAUCAUGCGCGGCGAGCUGCACGGCGGGGCUCCGGUGCACAGGGAUCGGUCGCGCCCGCGCACUACUUUGCUCUGCCAUCGCUGCCUCCAGGCUACUUUUUGAUUAAAACGAAACAACCAGCAUCCUCAACCUCAACCCCAACGGAGACUCAAGAGACACAUCAUCUGUGCUGUUCACGAUCUGCAAUCUGGAUACCAUGAGGCUGGCAGGGCCACUGCGUGCCGUCGCCAUCGUGUUCAUCAUAGGCUUGACCUGGCUUCUAGCAAGUUCCAUACUGGGAGGAGGUUCUGUUAUGAAAAUGUUCUUUAUGGGUACACAAGAGGAGCCCACUCCAGAACCGUGGCCUCACAGGUACAAGUGUGGCCUCUCAGCCCCAUGUCCUCCGAAACACCUUGCGUUCCGUGUGAUUUCUGGAGCGGCAAAUGUUAUUGGACCCAAAAUCUGUCUGGAGGACAAAAUCCUCAUCAGCAGUGUGAAGAAUAAUGUCGGCAGAGGACUUAACGUCGCCUUGGUAAAUGGGGUCACUGGAGAGCUUUUGGAAACGAGUUCAUUUGACAUGUGGGAAGGAGACGUAUCCGAUCUGCUGAAGUUUCUGCGGCCUCUCCAUGAAGGAACCCUAGUGUUUGUGGCAUCCUUUGACGACCCUGCCACUAAGAUGAACGAUGAGGCGAGGCGGCUGUUCGAAGAGCUCGGCAGCACGGCGGUAAAAGAGCUGGCAUUCAGGGACAGCUGGGUGUUUGUGGGAGCCAAAGGAAUAGAAAACAAAAGCCCAUUUGAGCAGCGAAUGAAGAACAGCAAAAGCAGUAAUAAAUACGAGGGGUGGCCUGAGGCUUUGGAGAUGGACGGCUGCAUUCCUUUACGUGCCCCCCUUGAGACCUAAGCUCUCGAUUAAACGAACAAGGAAAUGCACAAUGAACUUUACCACUGAUUCAAACUGCUUCAGUCAGACACUCAAUGAACUUACACUACCUAAACCGUUUCAGAAUGCUGGAACACUUCGAAUCCAAUUCCUGGAGAUAAUUCGGACAAAUCUUUCUCUUGUAAAAAUGAGCAAACACAAAUGUAAGACUUUAAAAGAUGGUUAAAUAUUAAAAGAAGAAAAACUAAUCAUGUUUGAUGAGGUAUGCAAAAUACCAGAUAUGUGUGAAAAGACUAAAAUAUGUCAGUCAGGACUGCUAAACACUUUUAUAUGUAAAGCGUUAAAUUAACGUUACUAAUCCAUGCCUCUGUUGACAAAUGGCGCUUCAUAGAUAGACUUAUAAUGUUUUCGAAAAGUUCCUGGUACCUGGUGUUAGGGUGUACUAGUGUUAUGAAAUAAAGAGUGGCUGUCUUUUUGA